AGAGAGAAGCUGAUCAGAGGUCAGUGCUGGUUUGAGUUCAGGAAAGAACAACACUGAAUGUUUCUGUGCUGUAACAUGAAAACAUGGUUUCAGUCUUUUCACCUGAGUUUUGUUGCUCCAGGUUCAAAGUGUUGAAAUGAAGCAGCUGCUGAUUCAGAUACCUGAGCUGUUGUGUUGUAUCUUCCUGAUCCAGGACAGACUGCUCACCUGGACUGUUUCAUUCCUCCUGUAUCACCUGUGUUAUAUAUCAGCCUGAUGUAGAAACUGUCUGUAUCCACCCGGUAGAACAUGUGUGUUAGAACAGCACAGUUAUACAGUCAAUAUGGAGGAUUUACUCUCAGAGAUUUGACAGGAAUCAACAGAUAUUAAGGAGGUAUUUUCCCUCCGAAGCAGCAGGUGGCGCUAAAGUCUCCGACACGCUGGUGACGCGGCGGAAGUGACGUAAUUUUCGCGGGAAAUGCAGACGGCUUCUCUCGGUGUCCUCGGUGUCUCUGUAACGUCUUCGUCCUUCACGAUCCUGGUUCUGAAUCGAGGCAGAUAAACGGCGCAGAUCGGCUUCAGUCCGGGACCAGAGUCUGUGUUUCAGUGUUUCUUCUCCUGAGUUGAAUCUGACAGAGAAGAAACAGGAUGAAGUAUUUCACCAGACUGAGAGUCAGGAGAGUCUACAAGUGGCGUGGAGAGCCUUUAAGUUUCAACAGGAAGUUAAAAACCUGUGAAUACAGCUCUCUGUCCAUCAGUGUGGAGGGUCUCCCGAGGACCACCGUCAUCUCCACCGGCCAACACAUCCUCAUCGAGGGGGAGGAUGAAGACAACCCGUACGUGGCCAGAGUCAUCCGGCUGUUCGGUGACGAGAGCGGGAAGCAGAAGAAGGCGGUGGUUCAGUGGUUCGUCCGCGUGUCUGAAGUGCCUCCGAGCAAACUGAAGCUGCUGGGCAGAGAGCCUCACCCGCAGGAGAUCUUCUACUAUCAGGGUCGCAGCUGUGACGACGAGGUCAACGCCGAGUCCAUCCUCAGACCUGUGCAGGUGAGGCACCUGGACGGAGCGGCCGCGUUCCCGGACUCUGACGAUAAAGACACUCUGUAUGUGAAGCUGUCCUGGGACUCCAAGACCUUCAGGGUGGUGGACUCUGCCUCCGCUGAACCGGCUCCGGCUUCCUCCCCUCCUCCCCGUCCCAAACCCUCCCUCCCUCCCUCGCCCCCCUGCUCCCCGCCCGUGGCAGCUCCGGCGUCUCGCGGCCCCUCUCGGCGCGCCCUGCCCACGCCGGACCCCGCCAUCCUGCGCAAAGCCUCCUCAGGGGAAGUGAGGUACAGCAGGGCCACGAUGAGCGCGGGGAAGGUCGCUACCGCCGCCGCCGCCGAGGCCGAGUCCCUGCACUCUGCCACCAAACUGUCGGCCUCAAAAUGUCUGAGCGCCAAGAGGAGGAACGCCUCGGCCAGGACGCCCGGAGUCCGCAAGAAGCUGGAGCUGAGCAGUCCAGAGAAGAUGACCCGAGAGGACAUCCUGAGCCAGCUGCUGGACCAGGAGCUGGAGUCGGACGUGGCGUUGGCUCAGAGGCUGUCGUCGUCUCCUCCUCGGGCCCUGCCCCUCACCCACAGCCUCACCCCCCUCAGGAAGGGCUCCGUCUGCCUGAAGCCCUCCACCGUCCUCCUCAACAAACUGUCUCCCUCAGAGACCGAGAGUCGAGACGAGUCCAGCAGUCCUCAGCAGGGUGACGUGAUGGAGGCAGAGUUACCAAGCGGCUCGGUGAAAACACCGAGGAGAAGAAAUGCCACCCCGAGGAGAAAGAGUGCCACCAGCGGGCAGCAAGUGACCACUCCGUCUCGAAAGAAGGAAUCGAAAACCCUGAGGGAACCAGCUCUGGGGGUGCUAGCUGAGGUGGACAACGAAAGCUCCCCGAUGCUGCCGGCCGCCGCCACGCCGAGGAGCUCCAAGAGGAAGUCGGCCCAGCUGGUGUCGUCUCGCAUCAGGAAACAGCUGAAUCUUCUGGAGAGCCGUCAGGACCUGGACUCUGACCGAGAGGACGAGGACGAGUUCGUCCCAUCGAAGAAGGAGCUGCAGAGCAGCAGUGAGGAGGAGGAGGAGGAGGCGGAGGCAGGGCUGGACAGUGACGAUGAAGUGGUGAUGAAGAAGAGCCGACACGCGGCAGCGGGAUCUCGCACUCCUCGUUCCAAACAGAAGAGCCGCUCGUCCACCAGGACGCCGCGAAAAACCCCCAACAAGAAGGUCGCUCCCGGCACGCCGCGGACCCCCCGACACGCCACUCCCAGCAUCCCCAGCAGGUCGCUGCCGGCCCGACAGCCCGCUAACGUCCUGGAGGAGGCCAGAACCAGGCUGCACGUGUCCUCGGUGCCCGAGUCUCUUCCCUGCAGGGAGCAGGAGUUUCAGGACAUCUACAGUUUCGUGGAGAGUAAGAUCAUCGACGGCACCGGAGGGUGCAUGUAUAUCUCCGGGGUGCCGGGCACGGGGAAGACGGCCACGGUCCACGAGGUGAUGCGGUGUCUGCAGCACGCGGCCGACGUGGACGAGAUCCCUCCGUUCCACUUCAUCGAGAUCAACGGGAUGAAGAUGACGGAUCCUCAUCAGGCCUACGUCCAGAUCCUGCAGAAGCUGACGGGUCAGAAGGCCACGGCCGACCACGCAGCUGCUCUGCUGGAGAAGAGGUUCAGCAACGCUGCACCCAGGAAGGAGAGCACAGUGCUGCUGGUGGACGAGUUGGACCUGUUGUGGACGAGGAAGCAGAACGUGAUGUACAACCUGUUCGACUGGCCGACGCGGCGUCACGCCCGCCUGGUGGUGCUGACCAUCGCCAACACCAUGGACCUGCCAGAGAGGAUCAUGAUCAACAGAGUGGCCAGCAGACUGGGUUUGACGAGGAUGUCGUUCCAGCCUUACAGCUUCAAGCAGCUGCAGCAGAUCAUCACGUCCAGGCUGAACAAGGUGAAGGCGUUCGAGGAGGACGCUCUGCAGCUCGUGUCCAGGAAGGUGGCUGCUCUGUCGGGCGACGCUCGCCGCUGUUUGGACAUCUGUCGCAGGGCGACGGAGAUCUGCGAGCACUCCUCCGCCGACCCUUCUGCCACGGGAUUGGUGGGGAUGAGUCACGUGAUGGAGGCGCUGAAUGAGAUGUUUUCCUCCGCCUACGUCACCGCCAUCAAGUGAGACUCUCCCGCUGGUGUGCGUCGGCUGCAGGAGCAGCUCUUCCUCAGGGCGGUCAUCGCUGAGUUUCGGCGGCUGGGGCUGGAGGAGGCCACGUUCCAACAGGUGUUUGUGCAGCACCAGGCUCUGUGUCGGGUGGAGGGUCUGCAGCCCAUCAGCGUGUCGGAGGGCCUGGCCGUGUGUCAGCGUCUGGGAGCCUGUAGGUUACUGCUGCUGGAGCCGAGCCGCCUGGGAGUCCUGCAGCGCAUCCGCCUCAACGUCAGCCAGGACGACGUGCUCUACGCCCUGAAGGCUGACUGAGGGCCGACUGAUCCAGAGUUUUAAACCUGACAUGACUCUUGUUUAGCGCUUGCUCCUUUAACACUGAGACAGAGGUCACUGUCUGUUAUUUUAUGAUGCUGUGAAUCAGCAAACGUUUGAGCUCUUCGACCACAGAACUGAUCUCAGUGCAGUUAGACUCCUGUUGUUUGCCUUGUUGUGGGUUUUUUAGGUGGGAGAGUCUGUGAUGUCCCCGGUUUAAAUCUCAUUUAAAAUGUCAGAUUUAGCUCUUUCUAGUUUUAUUUUUAAUCUCAUAUAGUGCGUCAUAUUUUUAUGUUUCAGUUCUUGAAUAUGCAAUAAAACUCCACCUUUACUAUGAA